AUGGCUGUCAAUUCGUCGACCCAUCUCGCAUCUCCGCCGCUUCGUUCACUGCCUCGUUCCUCCUUCGCUUUCUUUUCUCGCAUCUUCUUGCACCCUGUUUCGCCCACUGGCUUCCCUAGGCGGAGCCUCGUUUCAGUUCGUGCUCAGGCGCCGACUCCCGAUGGCUAUGGAUCCAAGCAGCCGCUCAGUUUGGGGGAAUCUGGACCUUUGUUCGAGUCCACUGGUUCGCCUUCGUCGUCAUCGGUUAUUGAUUUCCUUACAUUGUGCCAUCGGCUUAAGACUACGAAGAGAAAGGGCUGGAUCAAUCAUGGAAUAAAUGGUCCUGAAUCAAUUGCUGAUCAUAUGUACCGCAUGGCUUUGAUGAGUUUGAUAGCCGGUGAUCUUCCAGGAGUGAAUAGAGAAAGGUGUAUCAAGAUAGCUCUUGUGCAUGAUAUUGCUGAAGCUAUUGUUGGAGAUAUUACGCCAUCUGAUGGAGUGCCGAAAGAAGAAAAGAGCAGAAGAGAGUCAGCAGCUUUAAAUGAAAUGUGCCAACUUCUUGGUGGAGGCAUGAGAGCUGAAGAGAUCAAAGAACUUUGGACCGAGUACGAAAACAAUUCUUCAUUGGAGGCUAAUCUUGUGAAGGACUUCGAUAAAGUUGAAUUGAUCCUUCAAGCAUUUGAAUAUGAAAUAGAACAUGGGAAGGAGCUUGAUGAGUUCUUCCAUUCAACAGCUGGAAAAUUUCAGACUGAUGUAGGAAAGAGUUGGGCAGCUGAGGUAUUGUCCAGAAGGAAUUCAAGAUUGACAAACAGACAUAAUUGAUGAUCUUCUUUAGGUACUUCUUCCUUUAUUGUUCAUCCAACUCACAAUACACAAGUUAAGAAAGUUGGAAUUUGUGUAUCUUAGAACAACACACUCUCCUGGUGAUGCCUGCUGGGAGAAGUGGCUUUAGUUAUUAUCAUCAUCAUCAUAUUUCUAAAUUUAGGGUUCUUCGGUUAAAUUAUAUAUUUAAUCGAUACCUAUUUGGUCUUUAA